AUGUCUCUGGACUUCUUAGUGUCGCAGAUUCUUACCCCUGACAAUGUCCAGCGCGCUGUGGCGGAGGCAGAACUGGAGCGGCGGAGCCGAGAGGUGCCCGGGUUCUGCUUCUCUCUUGCUCGCUACUGCCGAACGCUUAUGAGCAGUCAGUCCUCACACACUGUUGGUUUAGUCGCUCUGUCUGUUCUAAAGCGCAGUGUGAUGGCGUCGAAUAGCGCAGAGGAGCUUGAACAGGUCGUUUCUUCGCUCCUUUCGGACCUGAGUGACAUUGCUGCCUUACCUGGUGGUGCUGCAGCGGUGAUGCGGCAGUGGUCCUCGGCGGUGUGCAAAACUGUUCGGCGGCUUGUCGUCUUGUGGGCUUCACCCACCGCGACACCAGCCGCCGGCGAGGCUACGACUGGUGCUAUUAUAGCGCAGCUUCUUGGUGCCUUUGGCCAGUAUCGAAACGCUGACGCCAGCGGGCUGCUGUCGGUUUUCAGCCAUGUGUGGCUGUUGCGAACCAUGUUCGAGGAGCCAAUGCCAGAGGUGAUGCAUGCAUGGUGUGCUGAGCUGCUUUUGAGCUGUGCACCGCCUCUCUUCGAAAUCUUGUGCACCAGCGCAGCAGCUGCGCUGAGCAUGUCAUUGCCCGACUCCUCUGCGCUCGCGGCAGAUUCGGCGGAGGUCUACGCGCGCUGCUCUCUCUUGACCCUCAUUGCUCAAACCCUGACAGCUCUCUAUGAAUGGCAAUUUGCGUUCAAUGGACGGAAGCGCUCCCCUGUUGAGCUCAAGCACCACUUCCUCUCAGCCUAUCCGCUCCUACAGCCUUUUAUGUGCACCCCAUGCGCACACUGGCUGUCAGUGUGCAUCGGCGCAACCUCGUCCUCCACAGACACCCUUCCAUCUGCAGAGGCGCUCGCUGCCAACCUUGCCACAGCGUCGCUGGCUGUGCUCGAAUACGUGUCGAGUGUGCUGCAGUUGAGUGGGUGGUACAAGCAAUGUAUUUCGGCGCAGCUCUUGCAAGUACUGCUGCAGUCACUAGAAGCUGACGCAGCUUGCUAUCGUGCCGCGUUAUGCGGCGACGGUGGUGAGGAGGCAUACAGUGUUGCGGCAAGCGCUGAGUGGACUGGGUGGCCACACGCAGGGAGUGGCGGCGGCGAACCCAAUGAGGACACUUUGUCGUAUACCUGGGCAGCGGUGGUGCGCCGGCACGCCACACAGAGCUGGUCCCUUUUUCGAGACGCAGCUUUGCUGCCAUUCCUCAAGGUCGGCUUAGUGGAUGUUGUGGGCCACCAAUGCGGACUACAGUACUACAAGCUGCUCCUGACCUACGCCGUCCUCUCGCCUGCCGAUGUGGAGGCGUGGCUUCACGACCCGAAUUCGUUUUUGCGCGAGGAAGAGGAGCGCGAGGACGGAGUGAGGUGGACAACCCGCGACACCGUCGCGCAGCUCUACACAGACAGCAUAGCAGCUCUUGGCCCGCUCUUCCUGCACGCCUCUUUGGAGGAUUUGCAUGAGUGUCUCUUGGCAGCCAUCCCAGACAACGACGGCAGGGAAUGCAGUAGUGAACAGCCUUCACUCGCCUACGAUGGCGCGGUUAUUCUCACUCCAUCGCAGCAGCAGCGAGAGGCAGCCCUUUUCUUCAUGGAGGCCGUGCUGAAGCGCCGUGCGAAGGAGUUGCGUGAGUGCGGUGCAGUCGACUUCACUCCACUCGCUACGCACUUGUGGAGCAAUGACGUGGCAAGUGCUACAGUGCACCCUGGCUUGACAGCGCGGGCGCUCAUGCUGCUCACCGCCAUCGUGCGACUCGCUCACGCGACGCUCGCUGCCACCGCACCCACCGCCUCCGCAGACGCCGCCGCGGCAACGAACACUGCAACGGCAGCGGAGAGCUUUAUGGCCACUGUUGUCGCGGACAGCACCCAUGCAUUAUCUCUUUUCACCGGAACGUCAAAGGAGGCUGUAGCAGCAUCGUCAUCCUCAUGCACGCCACUGGUCGCAGUGCUCCUCUGCCGGUUUCUGCACGGCACGCUGCCGUACUGGUCCGAUGUGCUGCUUGCGCAGCACUUUGUUGCAUGGCAGGUUUCGCUACUAGCGCUUCUUUCUCCCAAGGCAGGCCUCACUGAUGACACAUUGUACAAUACGGUGGAGCAGUUGGCGGAUCUCCUCAAGGUGGCGUGUGCCGCACAGAAAAAGGGCCGUCAAUCGCAUCACGGCAGCGCAAGCACUGCGGCUGCAGCUCCACUCAUGUCUAGCUCUCUCCCACAGACGGUGAUGAACUGCUGGCGCCGUAACGUCAGCGACCCUAAUCUCGCGGAUGUUGUACUGAGGUUGCUGCGCCACGUCGUGCGCGACGACCAAAGCGGUGCAUCGCUUUUGCUACGGGAGCUGCCGUGGGUCAACAAUGUCCUCAGUGGCUAUGCGGAGUCUACAGCAGAGCUGUGUGCUGUUCCGUACUUUUUGCAUCUGCUGAAGUACUUCUUUGAGUAUUCGUCGGACGAAGUGGCGAAUGGCGCUGCUACGAUGAUACUAGACAGUCUGUGUCAGCUCCUCUUGUCCGCCGAGGAGUCGGCGAUCCUUGGCGCAUUAAGCGGCUGCCUUGCUGCUCUGCUGCGGCGCUGUCUUGCGGUACAGUCAGUGCAGGUGCGCGUUGCCGUUGCAACCAUGGAGGCCGCCAUGACUAGUGGCGCUGCUGUCGACGAAGGUGCCCUCCCCGGAGUCGUCAGUACCACCGCGCUCGUUGUGGACGCCCCUCGCGCGGCCUACCCCUUCUCCACCGUCAUCGUCGCCUUUGUCCUUCGCACGCUUGAUGACCGCCGCAAUGAGGCAUCGCUGAUGGACAUGGGUGAUGCCCUCGUGGCCAUCAUGCAGAGGUCCCCCAGCUUCUCCGAGGCGGAGCUCAUCCAUGUCAUCCACGCUACGGUGCGCCGGCUUUCUAUGGUGCGCACGGACACUGUUGCGCAGCAGUUGCUGGCUCCUCUGGCCACCUUGAUGGCGCUUCAUCCUGCGGCUCUGCUGCGAACGCUGGCACAAGGAGGGUCGCUCGUGGAGACGAUGAGCCGCUGGCUACCGCAAGUGGAGCACUUCUCGAAUUUGCGCACCACCUUUGUCUCAUGCGAGGGGCUGCUCAAGAUGCUCUCAUGCUUAUCUCAGUCAUCACCACCGAUGCUGGCGUCAGAAGAAGCACAACAAUUAGCGCAGCAGCCGGUGACGUGCCGCUGGCGGCUGCCUGAGGAACUCGCUGCAAGCGAGAAGGGUUCGCGUACGGCGCAGCGUAAAGGCGUCAAAAAAGGCUCAGUUGCAGCAACGCGUCGGGCCAUAUUGUCUUCGCUCACCUCCGGGGCGUCGGUAGAAACGUCGCUGCCAUUGUACGCCGGGGUGCUUGUUGGCGUCGGCCGUGGUCUACUGACGUUGCUGGCGGCUCCUGUUUCUCUUCUUUGUCGCGCAUGUCAAGCAGCUGGUGACACCACGACGCCAAGAAUCGGGAUUGAUACGAGCACUUUCCCGUCGGACGAGGAUGAUGACAACAGCAACGAGCUUUUCCGCGAGGAUAUCGCCGACGGUGAUCAUGAGGAAGAGGAUAUGUGGGAAGAGGAGGUGGACAGCUCUGACGACGAGGCUCAAGGUGACGCUCGGCAGUCGGAGGCGCCGGACAUCAAUGGAUACUCUCCCCAUGAGAGGUCAGAUCGACAAUGGUUGUUGCGUCCAAUUGGUGCACUGAUGCUACCGUGGCUUCAGACGCAUGGCAGUGAAGUGGCAUCGUUUUUUACUGUGCAAGAGGUUCAAACACUGAUGUCCUUCUUAACUUCCUGCGCAGAGAUCGGUGCAUGUGAUUCUUCAGCGACCUGA